AACGAGUCCAGUUACCAAUCGACGACGCUGCCUACCAGUCGAUCACCAGCUCUAGUUCGAUAGAUCAUAUCUCUCACGCGCGAUUCGGAUCGCUCUCCAGCAGGAUGCGCUUGUCGACCAUCAUCGAACUGCUCCUCAUAUUCUUGCUCAUAGCCUUCGCUGCUUACGGCAGGGUUAUCGAGCGAGACAGUGGCCGGCAACGAGGGAUCACCGAUGCCAGCGGCGGCAAGAACUCGACGGCGGCGGCUCUGCAGAUCAAGCAGGCCACCGACAGCGUCAACAAGUACUGCGUCUGCAAUGAAAACAUCUGCAAUUGCUGCCGGGACUUUCACAUUCCGCUCGUACAGUUAGCAGGACCGGGCUGCGCUUCGCUUCAGUACCUUCAGGAAGACAAGUUGGCCAUGCAACUGAGCAUAGGCGACAAUAUUCUCUCGAGCAACAUUGUCAAUGGUAAAAACCCGAAGCCAGUCUGCGUAGCGCUGCCCGGAGGUUUCUCCAAAUUCUGCGGCAAAAUUUAUUCCAUCAAAAAGGAAGCCGACAAACACUUCAAAGCCUGCCUCGGGCUCGAAUUAAGGUCAGCCUCCGAAUUGGAGGCCAGCUUGCGAGUGAGCUGUUUCCGCUUCGGUCCCGACGGUCUCAAGCUCCGACCCGCCGAGCCACUGCCUGCCGCAGCUCUCGCCGAGUCCACCACGUCGUCGGACGACGACUACGACGAUCUCUUCGGUCUGGACGACGACGACGACGACGACGAGGAUGACGACGAAGACGACGACUACGAGAGGGUCUCGGCCGAUGGCAACUCCGUCACCCCUGCCAGCGAACAGCCGCAGAAUCAGGAGCAAGAAGAAGAAGAAGAAGACGACGAAGAGGACGACGACCUUCUCGGAUUCAGCGCGCUCUUCGACAUCUUCGCCGGGGACGACGAGUCCAGUUCGCCGAACAAAAAUAAAGUCAAAACGACGACCACCGCGGCGCCUAUCCUCCCGCCGUCCUUUGCCAUUCCCAUCUUGGCGCUAACCACCACGCAAGCUCCCACCAGCAAGAGUCCUCCCGUUGCCGCUGCCCAGCCAACCACUGCGGCCGCGAUAGAAGUCGCCGACAACUCCGCAGCCACUGCCCAAAACGACGAUGCGAACAAGGUGGAAACGGCAGCCGCCGAGGCUGUUACUACUUACGAUUCCGCGGACGACACGACCCUGUCAUCGGUAGACGCCGCCGAGGAAUCGGCGACUAACGCCGAGGAAAUAAUAGGCAUCACCGAGAGAGACCUCAGCGCCGUGCAACAGUCGACCGAGAUGACCGCGAUUCAGAAACUCAAGACCAAGCUCGCCGCCGCGGCCGCUAAUGACAAGAUCAAAGUCAAGAAGGUCAAAGUCCCGAACAAGGAGAAAAUCAGCAUCACCUCUCAAAGCGCGAACGCCAUCAACAAACAACCUACUAAACCACAUCCUGUAGCGCAGCAGCACAACGACGCUGCCGCUAACGACGAGGACGAGGAGGACGAGGAGGACGACGAUGACUACGAUUACAACGACAGUCAGGCCGAGGAGGACAUCGAGGACAUCGAGGGCACUAGCGCCGAGAAAAUUGACGAGGAUACCGACUCGCACAAACAAGCAGAGGCCGAGGCAGCUGACGAGGACGAUGACGAUGACGAGGAGGAAGAACAAGUGGAGCAAGACGAGGACGAGGCUGUUCAGGACGAAGACGAGGAAGAGGAUUCGGACGAAGAUUCGGAAGAAGACGCGGUUAUCAGCGCUCUCAUUGAGGCCGAGGAGCCGGAGAAAAAUAAGAAGAAUCAAGCCAGCAAGCAGAAGAAAAAGGCCGACAAAGUAACAGCCACCAAGGCAGAAGCAGCGAAAGACGAGGAGAGUGAUUACGGCUAUGGUUUGGCCGAACUCUUGGCUAGAAAACAUCAAGGCCCUCCGAGCAGGAGCAGGAAUGCUCAAGCCGGAAGCGCGAGGCAGAGCAAAGUUAUGAGAUUCUAAUAAUAAGAGCUUGGAGCGCUAUGUGACUUUCUCUUGUACAGCCAUACUCAGAUAAUUAUGUCGCGACUUGUACAUUGUACUAUUUAUUUAUUUAUUUAUUUAUUUAUUUAUUUAUUUAUUUAUUGUUUAUUUAUGAUUAAUCGAUGUUUUUUACUUUCUGUAUUCUCUGUAAUUUUUUUACUCAUCAAACAUGUGUUUAAAUUCAUUGAUUAAAUCAGCUUUUCUAUUAAAA